UUUAUUUUCCUGCGGCGAGUUUGUUGGUUCUUGUUAAAAUAAUAUAAGCAGGUGAUGUGCACUCCUUGCGUACCUAUCUUUACAACGUCGCUGGCAUAAUCAAUCAGUUUGAAAAUAAAAAUAGCUUAUACGUCUCAAAACAAAACUCCCAGCAAACAACUAUGACACAUUAUUACACGCAACAGAUCAACAAUCUUAGGUUACAGUGGAACUCAGCCAGGCUUUUUGACCAGAUUAAAAUAGCAAAGUUCGUAAUGGUUAUAGCAAUUAUCAAUUCUGUUUUCUCGGAUAACGGUGGAGCUAUGUUUGUUAAGAAUUCUCCAAAUGAUUGCAUUGGACUACUUUGUAAUUCUCAAAUUUAAAACAGCGAAAUGCAUCUCUCUAAACGGAAGUCGCUAUCAGGUCAAGAUGUUCCAUUUUAAAAUGUGUAGCGGAUGAAAUACUCAAGGUUACGUUCCUGACGUAACUAACUUUCUGACAUUUGCUUGGCUUCAAGCAGACAGUUAUGACGUUAAUUAAUUCAGUUUUCAAGGAAUAUUAAAUAACAUUUUAAUGCAGUUGUCUUUCGCAAGCUUAACUGAACAAGCGACGCCUAGCGAUGGAGUCCCUUUUGAAAGACCUCAAGGAACAUCUUGAAUGCUCGAUUUGUCUCGAUACCUACAAUGAACCCAAAACCAUAUCAUGUCUACACACAUUUUGCUGUCAGUGUUUGGAAAAUCAUGCAAGAGCCAGCCACACACAAGGAAAGUUCCGUUGUCCAGAGUGCCAAGCCCAAAUCGAUCUGCCCGAAGGAAACCGUUUCAAAAGUUUACCGAGCAGUUUUUUCCACAACAGUUUGUUGAGUCUCCUUGCCGUUCGACGGACUGGCGACGGAAGUAACAUUACUUGUUCCCAAUGUAAGAAAAACAACUCUCAGAUGUACUAUUGCUUUGACUGUGGAAAGUUUAUGUGCCCAGACUGUUACAACGCACACGAAAUGCUGAGUGAGUCGUUCGAAGGACACAAAGUCACACCAGUUAAGGACUUUAAAGCAGAAGAUUACGAAGCCUUGCUGAAGCGACAGCCAUUUUGUUCGCAGCAGUUCCACGAGAAAAAGAUCACCAGAUUUUUCUGCUUUUCGUGCCAAGCUUGUGUUUGCCAAAUUUGCAUAGUCACGGAUCACCGAAAUCACGAGAUCGUUUUACUCGACAAAGCAGCUCAUGACGAGAAACCCAAUAUCAUGUCUGGCGCUGAAAUAAUCAACGAAAGGGUGAACGAGCUCACUGAAGUGAUUCGACAAUUUGAAGAAACGGCUUCUAAGCUGGAAAACAAUGUCGCAACCGCGAAACGCGAAGUCUCGCAAGCUGCUGGGCAAAUAAUCGAAGUGAUUCGAGAGCGCGAGCGCGAGGCGAUUAUAUCACUCGAGAAAACACGCGUGACAAGACUUGAGAGAAUUAACUCCGCCAUCCAGAAAGCUCAGUCUCUGCUCAAACAGAUGAAGCAAGCGCUUGAGUUUGCUAAAAAUCUGACAGAAAGGAGCUCAAGCUCGGAUAUCAUGAGGAACAAGGAAACUUUGAAACAACGAUUUGAAGUGUUGCGUGAAAUCGAAGUUCCAAAACAUGACGAGACCUCCUUCGUGAAAUUUACCGCUGCUUCUACAAAAUACUUGAAAUUAGGUUUUAUUGAGACAAUUCCAAAGGCAGUCGCAGAUCGAUUAACUCUUGAAGGACUGGAGCAAAUUCUUCAGGCUGGCGUAGAAGCAGAGUUUCCGUUAUGCCUCAAACCCUCUGAAGGAAAGACGAGUAGCCAGGCUGACAUGAAAGAUCAAGUUGAAGUCCUGAUUGAACCCGCUAAAGAUGUUACAAAUGUGAUUGUUAGCGAGAACGAGGACGGUAACCUUCAGCUGAAAUUUAUUCCCAAAGUACCGGGCGCCUACAGCAUUGAAGUGAAGAUCAAUGGCGAGAAACUUCCAACUUGUCCUUUCACUGUGCAGGUGAAAGAGCGUGAACUUGUUGUCGUUGGCGAGCUGGACUUAAACUUCUUCUCAGGAGACGUACCUCAAAGGUUGUAUCGAAUGGCUGUCAACAAUCAAGGUGAGAUAGCUGUGACAGAUUUCGAUGACGACAGUGUUUAUGUAUUCGAUAAAGAUGGCAACUGUUUAAGGAAACUUCGCAGUAGAGGACUUUUUUCCAAUCCACAUAUAUAUUUUUCCAAUCCAAGUGGUGUUUCGUUUGUAAACGACAACGAGAUUCUAAUUGCAGAGGAACAGAAUCAUAGAAUACAACAAAUAAAUAUCAAGACAGGAACUCUGGUGAAACGCUUUGGAAAAUAUGGUGCAGGGAAAGGAGAGUUUAAGAAUCCACUUGAUGUUUGUUUAGAUGAUGAAGGACGCAUUGUUGUCACCGAGUGGGGCAAUCAUAGGAUACAAGUGUUGUCACAGGAAGGAGAAACUAUUUCCAUAUUUGGAGACAGCGACCCAGAGAAACUCGUGUUUCCAACAAGCUGCAUUCCUUAUAAAAACAAGUUUCUAGUAAUUGAUAGAGGCAGUAACUGCAUUAAAGUUUUCAGUCAGGCUGGAACUUUCUUGUACAAGUUUGGAAAAAGAGGAAAUCGUGACGAACAAUUUGAUUGGCCGAAUGGUGUGCUUCUAGACAGCUCCAAUAAUCUUCUUGUAUGUGAUAGUGACAAUAAACGAGUUCAGCAAUUUUCUUUAGACGGUCGCUUUACAGGCAAAACUAUCACUGAUUUACCAAGUCCUACUGGAAUAGCAGCAGCACCAGAUGGACGUAUUCUCGUGGCUACACCUGAGACAUUAUACAUACUGAAGUAGACGAUUCAAUAGCUUGUAGCAGGUAGCAUGCUUAAGGGUUUUUUCUUUUUAUAAAUUUAGCGGUCUCUGUGAUGACAAUAUUAUGCAACGUUUUGUCGUCUUUUUUUGCUUUCAUGAUGUUUUCAUAUCUCAAUGUAUAGUCAGAUUUAGUAAGGUAAAGUCUGCGUUCGAGCCAAGUGGCCCAUCAGGCCGGAGCUUAUCUCG